AUGGCACCAUCUCCCAUCAUUACGCAUCUUGUCCAUCAAUCUCUUUUGAAAACUCAUGAAAGCAGAAUGAUGGCUGCUGAUAGUGGGGCUACGACACCAAUGGGGACUGAUGUUACGGUAACCGCCAAUGGAGAUCAGAAGCAGCCAGCACUGGGUGGAACCGGGGCUGUGGCGGUACCUGCUUCAUCUACCCACGUGACCACUAGCAACAGUACCGAAACCACGACCGAUAAAGGUGGAAACGAAGUCGAUGAUAGCUCCACAGUGACCCCAGAAAACAAUGAUUCUAGUGAAAACAACAAUCUGGAUGUCAAGGAUGAAGCCGGGGAGGAUCUCAAUGAUGAACCUCAGAAAACUUUUCCACAAAGGCUUAUGGAAAUGCUUAGUGAUGAGGCCAGCAAGGAUGCCAUUACUUGGUUGCCGCACGGGAAAGCCUUCAUCAUCUACAAGAAAAAGUCUUUCUCAGAAGAGGUACUCCCUAGGUACUUCAAGGCGUGCAAGUAUACAUCCUUCACUCGAAAGCUGAAUCGAUGGGGCUUCACACGUGUGACCCGGGGACCCGAGAUGGGAAGCUACUUCCACCCCAAGUUUCUCCGAGAUGACGCCCAUCAGUGCCUUCAGAUGUGCAGUAAUAGCGGGGCCAACCCUGCCAAGUUCGCACAACUGAUGUUUCCAGGAGGACAGGCGGCAACUCAGAACAUCUUCCCAAUGAUGCCCGGCGGACUGCCUGGAGGGAUGCCUACCAUGCCCAUGGUCGGCUACUUCCCAGGGAUGCCAGGGAUGAUACCUUUUGGAAUGUCGAAUCCUGUGGCUCCCUCCACACCUGGGACUACUGCGGCACCGAUGGAUGCGAAUACAGCACUGAUGAUGCAGCAGCAGCAAAUGGCCAUGAUGCAACAGAUGCAACAGUUCCAGAUCCAGCAGAUGCAUCUCCAGCAGCAAAUGCAGCACGGGACCACCAGCACAACUGCUGCAGCCACUGCGAGUACGCCGACUGCGACUCCAGUGUUCUCUGCAGUGAGCAACCCUAUCGCUUCGGUGAAUUCCCUUGGCACUGCGAUUGGUGCCCCAGCUGUACCGGUUGCUACGACAACCCAAGCCGUCAUGGCUCCCGGGGCUUCGAAAAGUGAGACGAUGGCAGCUGCUCCACAGCCUACCAUUAUGAUAUGGGCGCCUCCCAUGCCGCAACCGCAGGCUCAGAAGCAGCCAGCGGUUCCACACCAGCCACAAUCGCAGGCACCCGUCCCUACGCAACCGGAGGCACCGGUACCAGCACCUCUGCCUCAUCAGCAAGCCCCGACGCUACAUCAAGCCCCAGCUCCACAAGCCCCAAUGCCUCACCAUCAGGCACCGGCAACUCACACGCAAGAACCACAGUCUCCUUCAAAGUAUCCACAAAGUAGUCAACACCAUGCGCCGAUCUCGGCUCCACAGGUCCACACAAGACAAACCCAGUCAACCCACCACGGACAAGAAGCCUUGAAGAAUGUUCAGCAACAAGAACAGAGGAGACAGGAAGCACACCAGCCACAAGGUGGUUCUCACCACCAUCAGAUUCCAAGUCAGACCCCUCAUGGGGCACAACAGCCAGGGCAAGCUCCACAGACACAGCAUGGUUCUCAUAGCCAUCACUCACACAUGCAGCCUCAACAUCCUGGGGCACAGAGCCAAGCUCAGCCCCAUGGGCACCAGCAAGUGCAGCACCAACCUGCUCAAACCCAGCACACCUCCCACCCUGUACAACACAAACCUGAGAGCCAGCAUCAGCACACACAACCACAAACCUAUCACCACUCUGAUGUACAAAAUACAACAGGACAUGCCCACACAAUACAUCAGCACAACAGUGGACAUAACUAUCAAGUGCAACAAGGACAUCCACAAGGAUACCACCAGACUGUACAAUACCAGGGGCAACAAGUAGAUCAUGCACCACAGCAACAGCCACAAGCACAAGCACAGCAAAGUCAAUCACAGCAGUACUAUCACCCGCAGCAGUACCAUCACUCACAAGAACAGUCUCACCAAGACGCUUCUCAGUCAUCACAAAUGUAUGCCUCCUCUGGUCAGAGCAUGAAUGGGGAACCACACAUGUUACAUUAG